AUGGAGAUUCCCAAGUCAGAGAAUAUCCUCGUAACGCCUCAUGUCCAACUUGCAAAGAACUUCUCUUUUAUUUCAUUGUUAGGCUUAGCAUUCGCUACAUUGAAUUCAUGGAGCGCGUUUGCAUCGAGCCUUCCGCUUAGCCUCUCUUCCGGAGGCCCAUUAAGUAUCAUCUGGGGUCUUCUUGCCGCUGGGAUCUGUACCCUAUGUAUUUCUAUCUCGUUGGCGGAAAUCUUAUCCGCAUAUCCCACUGCGGCAGGGCAGUACCAGUGGGUAGCUGUAUCAUGGGAUGAAUACAAGGAGGUCCUCGCUUGGUUCACCGCGUGGUUUAAUGUUGCAGCCUGGAUAUGCCUCCCUGCCACUGCCUCACUAUUCGGUAGUUCAUUGAUUAUGAACAUCGCAGUCCUUGCCAAUCCAAAUCUCACUGUCCAACCAUGGCAGGUAUUCCUCGUCUAUAUCGGCUUUUGCCUGACCGGCUUUUUAAUCAACGCCUUCUGGAACUCGAUCCUCGCUGCCCUGAGCAAAGCUGCAUUGAUCUGGUCUCUUUGUGGAUUCCUCAUCUUUUCGAUCACAGCUCUCGCAUGUGCUGUACCCGACUACAACUCAGCCACUUACGUGUUUACCCAAUUCAUCAAUGAGACGGGAUGGCCAGAUGGUGUUGCCUGGCCACUAGGCCUACUACAAGGUAGUUUGUGUCUCAUCGGAUUUGACGCCGUUGCCCAUAUGAUCGAAGAAAUUCCCAACCCGUCCGUCCAAGGUCCCCGAGUUAUGGUUGCAUGUGUAGCAAUCGGGGCACUCACUAGCUUUGCAUUCAUCAUUGUCCUCCUGUUCGUGUCAGACGAUAUCAAUACGAUAAUCACCUCCGGUUAUGGCCCACUACUCCAGAUCAUCCUUGAUGCCACGAAGAGCAAGGCCGGAGCAAUUUGCUUGUUAUUAUUCCCUAUUAUCUGCCUGUUGAUGGGUAUCGUGGCAAUCAUGACCACCUCCAGCCGAAUGAUACUUGCUCUUGGCAGAGAUUCCGGAAUGCCGUUUUCACCAUUCUGGACGAGGGUGCACCCUACCCUAGGAACACCCUUGAAUGCUCUCGGCCUCACUGCGUUCUUGACCCUCUGCUGCGGUUGCAUCUACCUCGGAUCUUCAACUGCAUUCAACGCAUUAAGCUCCGCCACAGUUGUUUGCUUCGAUAUUUCCUACGGCUUUCCGAUCAUAAUCCACUGCCUGCGCGGUCGCAACCAGCUUCCCAAGAGCCAUUGGACCCUGAGCCCGGUCAUCGGAUGGACGGUUAACCUUGUAGCCAUCGGCUAUAUCCUCCUCACCACCGUCCUGUUCCUAUUCCCGCCUUCUCUUCCGGUAACAGGCCGAAGCAUGAAUUACGGUGUCGUGGUCAUUGGCAUCGUUCUCAUCAUCUCCACUGCUUACUGGCUUGUCAGGGGGCGGAAGAGGUUCUCACGUCAGCAUGUGCUCUCAGCAGAAGAGGACACUACUACAGUUACUGACUCAACACACAUCGCUGUGAAAUAA